AUGUACAUUUAUCAUGCUUUGAAUAUCCUGACACUUUCCCCCAAGGAAAAGUGUAACAAUAAGGGGACUGCACCGGUCCCAGCAGCAGAAUUGACCCCUGCUCUAUUGAAAGUUCUGUAUUACAUAGAAUAUUCACCUCGCUACGCCCUUUCGUACUCGAGUAGUAACUCAAAUCAUUUCGAUCUCAACUCGAUAGACAAUUGGCAGGAUCUUCACAAUUUGUCCAACACCGGUCAAUCUAAGGUUACUCCCGUUAAAACUUACUCCGAAGCCGUAUCGGCGUCCGAAGGAACUCGCUCCGAGCCUAAUAAAACUGCUAAAGCGGCCCCUAGGAAACCAAAGAAACAAUUUAAGAGCCCAGAAGAGGUGCCGUCCGAGUGGGACGAGUCCAACUUAUCCUCGAAAUCCGAAACCAGAAAGACGGCAGCAACCGUAGUAAAGAAACCGGUUAAAUCAACUUCUAGACCUAAGACUCUUACCAGUAACGGACCUAUUUCACCUCCAGCGAUUCCAGCUGAGCGACCCGAUUCGGCCGAGAAAUCUCAGGCAACAGCCCUUCCGACUAAAAAGAAGCCGACUGUCCCUGCCAAGUCCAACAAUCCGUUACCGAUCACUGAUCCCUUUAAGAGUAACGAGAAGCCCUCCAAACUCAUCGACAAAGACUCAAUCAGCCAUCUUAGCUUCAAGAAGUUAGAUCGAGAACCUCUAGCUAAGACCGUCAAUAACGCUGCAGAGACCUCGAUCGACCAAGUACCUCGUAAGAAAGAAGCCGCUGUUCGAGUCGAUUCGUUAUCCGAAGCAGCUAAGACGUUGUUGAACGGUCCUGGAACCUUCAAGGAACCUAUUGACCGAUUGACUCAAAAAAGUCUCGAUAAUUACUUUGUUCCGCAAGGCAGAACGGGGGUGAAGCUAAAUCAAGAGUACUUCCGUCGAGCGGAGAAGACGAAGGACGAGGACUUGAAAGUCGUAGCCCUCAGAUCGGCGUCGGAACUCCAAACCGAUCUUCUGCGCUCGAUCACUCAGGAGGAGUUUCAGAAGAUCUUCCACUGGGACCCAAAGUCGGAAUUCGACGAGUACCUGAAUACUCAGAAGGGCCGAACAUUCCUGAAGGAGAGAGGAGCGGAAGUAACGCCGACUCCUCCUCCAGAAGUCCAAAUGCAACCGCCAGAGGCAACUCAGUCUCAGCCUCGCGAUCAACCGACGGAGACGCAUCCUCAGAUGUACUAUCAUCCAAACGGUUGCUACUACCCGUAUCCUCCGACGAAUACGAGCCAGCAGAAUCAGUACUGUCCCCAACAGGAUUACAAUCAGAAUUACUCGACGUACCAACAAGGGUACUACCCACCUCAACAGUGGGUAAACAACCAAGUUCCCCAAAAGGAACAGUCGGUCCCCCAUCAAGAGACGCGAAAGAAGGUGAACGGCCAAGCUCCGAAGAGCAAUCGCAACCGUCCUCGCAACAGAAAGGAAAAGGGACCAAGUUGGGUACCUCCUCCCAACUCCAAUCGAGUCCCUCCGGACUCGAACUCUAUGAGCACCAGGGAAAGACGUCGGCGAGCCCAUCAACUCUCCAUUCACCAGGAGAUGAUAAGACUCAGUCGCACGACGCAGGCUCAAUAUCAAGCUCUAGAGUCUAUGAGAAAUCAGAACGCAGGGGGCGGGAGUCGUCAUCAACCCCGAGAGGACGCACAGACUCCAAGAAAUUAA